AAUUUGACGGCAUAUUUAAAAUCCCCCAUAUUUCUCAGUUAACGUGCUGGCUACCCACACAACCUCUUGGAGUGCAGUUCACUCCUUCGAUCGAUUUUCCACAAGCACACACAAAAACAAACAUAAUCAGUAUAUGAAAAACCCAUAUCGUUCAGCAUGAAUGGAGGCAUGAUUAUUCUCGUUAAUAAUUUAAAUUAUCCUAAUUUCAACCCCAUAUCUCACGCCAUCGUUAGAAAGUAUUUCAGAAUUUUAAUUCUUCACCUCGUGUGAUUGGAAAUUUGUGCUUGCUUUCCUGCUAUAUAUACCCAAGAUUAGUGUGCUUGUUUCUUCACAGCUUUCCAAUUGCAACUUUAGUAAUAUUUUAUCCCUCUGCAUCAGUUUGUAGCUAUAGAGUCAAUCAAAUGGGUUUCACAACAUUGGUGGUCAUUGCCAUUUUCAUGGUAUUGGGGAAUUGGGCAUCCCAAGCCAGUUCCCGCACUUUGCAUGAUGAAGUUACCGUCAAGAACAUGCAUGAGCAAUGGGCACAAAAGUACGGACGCACCUAUGCGGACGAUGCUGAGAAGGAAAAGCGUUUCAAGAUAUUUCGGGACAAUGCUGAUUUCGUCGAAAAGUUCAACAACAAAGGCAAUCGCACCUACAAAUUGGGCAUCGAUAAUGUGUUUGCUGACUUGACGUCCCAAGAAUUCCUCACAUAUUAUACUGGAUUCAGGCCUACCCACUUCCCCAAGUCAUCGGCCGGAACUAAAUCUUUCAGGUAUGCAAAUCUCACCAAUGUUUCAGAUACCGUUGACUGGAGGGAGCAAGGAGCUGUGAAUGAGAUAAAGAACCAACGUGAAUGUGGAUGUUGCUGGGCAUUUUCGGUCGUGGCAGCGAUUGAAGGCAUUACCAAAAUCAAAACUGGCAAGCUGGUUUCAUUGUCCGAGCAGCAACUGGUUGACUGUGACAAGAAGAAUGAAGGUUGCAAUGGCGGUAUGAUGGAUACAGCGUUCGAAUAUAUAAAAGAGAACGGAGGUAUAAGCAGCGAAGAGGAUUACCCAUACCAGGGAAGGGAUGGAGAUUGUGACUCUCAGAAAGCAAGAGAGAAAACUGCAACGAUCUCUGGCUAUGAAGAUGUUACUCAGAAUAACGAGGAGGAUUUACGCAAGGCCGUAAAUCAGCAACCUGUCUCGGUUGGCAUUGCUGUUGGAGACGAAUUUCAAUUUUAUGAGAGCGGUGUGUUUACCGGAGGGUGUGGAGAACGUAUGAACCAUGCUGUGACAUUGAUAGGGUAUGGGUAUAGUGAUGAAGAUGGAAUGAAAUACUGGUUGGUCAGGAACUCUUGGGGAACGUCAUGGGGUGAAUCGGGCUAUAUGAAACUUCAGAGAGAAGCUGGUCAACCUGAAGGUCUUUGUGGCAUUGCCUCCGCGGCUUCCUAUCCAAUUAUCUAAUAAUUAUUGAACUUGAUUAAUCCUACCAUACAUAUGGCUGGCUCUCUCCUCUCAUUUUCUGUACUUGAUUGGUUAAUUUACAUUCCCAUAUUUGAUGCUAUCUUAUAAUUAUGUACCGUGCAUUCUUGGCUGCGAGAAUGCCUUUAUUUGGAACUUGUAUUGUCUAGCUUAAUUUGAUAUAAAUCCAUUAUAUAUAUAUAUAUAUAUAUGAAUAUGCUA